AUGGCUUUCGACAUUUCGUUUCAAAGCAUCCUGAACUCGGGAUAUUGUGUCAGCGAACAUCGACCCUAUCGGAGCUGGUGUCGCGACAACUGGAGGUAUUAG